GGAAGGGAUAACAACUAAAGAAAACUCUAUUAAAAAAAAAAAAAAAAAAGAUAGAUAAAUAAAAUUUUUGCUGUGCAUUUGAAACCCAGUGCUUUGUUUCGAUAAGCGAAAACCACUGAUUGACUCCGCAGGAGGUCACUUAACCAAUCAAAUUGUCUCCCUGUAUCAAACAAUUUAUGCCACCAUUAAAUUGUGGCUUUUUUACAGAACCAGACAAAGGGGGAAAAUAAAGCGAGUCAGCAUGUAACAUAAUUACAAAACACUAGUUUUUGGGGGUAAAAAUCAUUUAAAAUAAACUAUUUUGGGAAACGAGUGCAUUUCUCCUUUAUUUAUCCCUCUUCAAGAAUGUCUUUAUUAACAACUGCUUUCACCAUCUUAAUAAUCAUACCCAUUGUUCCACUUUUUGCUUAUGUGAUUGGUUUAUUGGUGCCCGCUAGUCACAUAGUUCAUAGAUCUUCUCCGUUUAAAAUUUCAUCAAAAAGAUUAUGGGACAUCUUAAUAAAUGUAAAUGAAUACCCCCAAUGGCAGUCCAAGGUUGAAAAAGUAAUUCUUUGUGACUCUGAUGAUGAUGAAACAGUCUUUGUAGAAUAUUCUACUAGAAAACGCCACACCGUUAUAAUUCAUCACGAACGCAUUCAAAAUCAAUGUUUACUUCGUAUUCUAGAAGAAAGACACCUUUCUUCUUUGCCGCCUAAAAUACCUACAUUUUCCGGUUCAUGGACUUUUGAAAUAAUUCAAGAAAAAGAACAUGAUGAUCAAGUGACUCUCAAGAUUACUGAACAAGGUGUCAUAAAAAAGCCCAUGGUUCGUGUCACACAUUUGUUACUGUUCGGGUUCUUUAGUCGCAUCGAUCGAUUCAUGAAUGAUUUAAGUAAAAAAAUUGAUGCCGAUAAUCAACAAUUACUCGUCGACUCUGCUCAAGUUGAAGAGCUAUCUAUUACGUGUGGUAAAGACGACGGAUUAGCCGUAAUAGAAGAGUUAGAAUUUUCAGUGCCAGCCAAAUCAGUAACAGACGACGAAUCAGCAGCAGCGGACGAAUCAGCAACAGACAGAUCAGCAACAGACAGGUCAUUAGACGAUGAAUUAGUAGGGCACGCCACAGCAACGACACUUUUAAGCAGUAAGGAAAAUGACACACCUUCCGCGGCUGAUCAGAGUCAGCAGUUAGAACCUAAUGACACAUUGAUGACUGAAUCAAGAAUAGUUGAUAAGGAAUGGGAUUUAAUGAGUGAGAUUUACGAGCGUACCCCAAAUUAAAUAAAUAAUAAAUUACCAUACAUAUUAUCCAC